AUGGAGUACAUAUCGCGGAGAGCGCCCUUGGAGGCUGCUCUCAAACAUGGUCGUUCUUUACAAGCACAAUACGGUCAAUACCCUUUGAACCCAUCACGUAUCACCAACACCCAUUUCAAUAAAGCAACUUCAUCUUAUUUAGAAUUUCCCGAAUACAUUCACCAUCACAAGCCUCCAAUCUUUGCUGAAUAUUACAAAACCAUCGAGACCUAUGCAACCAUGUUUUUGACCUUCGUUCUACAUACAUUUCUGGUUACGGCUUUGGCACAGGACUACAGCUCUUAUAUUCAUGCGCCAGAUUCGAGAACAUUGUAUCCUAUUGGUAUAUAUCAAAACAAUGGCCAAAUCGUAAAUGCCAACUCCCUACUCGGCAGUUCACAGGGCAGUGCCCAAUUUCCCGGUCCCUCUUCCAUUACAUUUGAUUAUGGUAUGAAUAUCGCAGGCAUUGUGAGCGUGACAGUUGGGGGUUCUUCCUCGCCUAAUGCUACUAUAAGCUUGACCUACACAGAGUCAAGUCUUUAUAUCAGCAACCAGUCAUGUGACGCUACAGCAGGUCCUCAGUUUGACCAGCCCCUCGUUUUGCCUGUUGGUCAAGGCCCAGGAACAUACACGGUUGAAGAUUGGCAUAACAGAGGCGGGUUUCGCUUUUUAACGCUUACCAGCAACGCAGACGUUGAAGUCACGAGCGUAUUAACCAACUUUACCGCUGCCCCCAGCCAAAAUUUGAGGGAUUACAAAGGUUAUUUCCAUUCGAAUGAUGAGAAAUUGAAUCGAAUCUGGUAUGCUGGAGCAUACACGAACCAGUUGUGUACCAUCAACCCGAACUAUGGAGCUUCGACGCUGCGUUCUUGGCCAGGGAAGACGGCGGCCAAGCGAGACACAGACACAAUUUUUUGGUAUAGCAAUAUCACUAUUGCGAACGGAAGUACAGUACUUACUGAUGGAGCCAAACGAGAUCGAGAAAUCUGGCCUGGUGAUAUGACUGUGUCGAUUCCAGCUGUAUUCGUAAGCACAAAUGAUAUGGUUUCAAUUGAAAAUGGAAUAAAUGCCCUACUCGAUCUUCAACAUUCGGAUGGGAUGUUCCCAUAUGCCGGAUUUCCAUUCAACACCUUUAACGAUGUCAGCUUCACCUAUCAUUUACACACUCUCGUUGCAAUUGCGUACUACUUUCACUAUACUGGUGAUUUGCAAUACGUCAAAGACGCGUGGGAUCACUAUACUCGAGGGGUAGCUUGGUCGCUGGGCUCAAUUGAUAGCUCUGGAUUGAUGUUCGUCACAUCAGACAAGGACUGGCUCCGAGGUGGAAUGAACGGCCACAAUAUCGAGGCCAACGCGAUUCUCUAUUACGUCCUUAAUCAAGGUAUCAAUCUCGCCAACCUUGUCGGUGACACCGCAUCAGCAUCCAACUGGGGACUCAUUGCCUCAAAAGUCAAGAUUGCAGCGAACAGCCUACUCUGGGACGCCACCGCCAACCUCUACAAGGACAACGAGAACUCCGACAUCCGUCCCCAAGACGGCAACGUCUGGGCCAUUAAAGCAGGCAUCACAAACUCCUCCACCCAAAACACCGCCAUAUCCACUGCCCUCAAAGCCCGCUGGGGCCCCUACGGCGCCCCAGCCCCCGAAACCGGCUCCCCAGCAACCGUAUCCCCCUUCAUCGGCUCCCUAGAACUCGAAGCCCACUUCCUGUCCUCGGCGCCGCAAAACGCCCUCGAUCUCAUGCGCCUCCAAUGGGGCGACUUCAUGCUCGACGACCCGCGCAUGACGAACUCGACUUUCAUCGAAGGCUACGCGGAAACAGGCGAGCUGCACUACCCGCUGUACUCGAGCGAUGCUAUUAUCAGCCACUCGCACGGCUGGUCCACGGGCCCCACAUACGCGCUUAGUUUCUAUGUCGCGGGUUUGCAGCUUGUGAGCGAGAGCGGGAAGACGUGGAAGAUUGCGCCGCAGUUGGGGGAUUUGACCGAGGUGGAAGCGGGAUUUGUCACGAGUCUGGGCUCGUUUUAUAUCGAGAUCAAGAAGGAUGCACUGGGCAAGUUUACGCUGUUGAGGUUCCAUACGCCGCCGGGCACGACGGGGAGUAUUAGCUUGCCGGGCGUGACGGGGACGCUGGUUGGUGGGUGGAGGAAGCGCGGUGUUAAGGUGGCGAGGGCGAAGAAUGGCGUGGAUGGAGAGGCGGAGGGGAUUUCAGGUGGGGAUUGGACGUUGAUUGUUGAUGGAUAG